GGAGCGGGGCGCGGGGCGCGGGCAGCGGCGGCGGCGGCCGCAGCCCCGCACGGCCCCGCACGGCCCCGCCGAGACACGGCCCGGCUCCCCAGCACAGCGGAGAGCUGCUCAUCCAAAAAGCCACCCUGUGAGCUGCACCCCGCGGCAUUUCGCACGUCUCUGAGCAGCGAGGCUGCAGCCAGCUCCAGGCUGGCAUCUGCCCCCUGUUCCCCACAUCCACCCGCAGGAGAGGCUGAGGGCUCGCCAUGCCGCUGGUGAAGAGGAACAUCGAGCCCCGGCACCUGUGCCGGGGGGCCCUGCCCGACGGCGUGACCAGCGAGCUGGAAUGUGUCACCAACAGCACCCUGGCUGCCAUCAUCAAACAGCUGGGCAGCCUCAGCAGGCACGCAGAGGACAUCUUUGGAGAGCUGUUCAAUGAAGCCAACAGCUUCUACAUGAGAAUGAACUCACUGCAGGAGAGGGUGGACCUGCUGGUCAUCAAGGUGACGCAGCUGGACUCCACCGUGGAGGAAGUUUCGCUGCAGGACAUCAACAUGAGGAAAGCCUUCAAGAGCUCCACGGUGCAGAACCAGCAGGUGGUGUCCCGCAACUCCAUCCCCAACCCGGUGAUGGAGAUGUACCAGCGCUGUGACAAACCCCCACCCCUCAACAUCCUCACACCCUACAGGGAUGACAAGAAGGAUGGCCUCAAAUUCUACACCGACCCCUCCUACUUCUUCAACUUAUGGAAGGAGAAGAUGCUGCAGGCGACAGAGGACAAGAGGAAGGAGAAGCGCAGGCAGAAGGAGCAGCGGCUGGUGGAGGACUCCACCCGGGAGGUGAAGAAAGUGAGGAAAGCCCGCAACCGGCGCCUGGAGUGGAACAUGAUGGCGUAUGAUAAAGAGUUCCGGCCGGAUAACAGGUUCUCACCAUCCCCCUAUCACAUGGCAUCAUCGGAAGGAUCACUGUCCCCAGAUAAUAGGUCCUACGCGUCGGACGCUGCCGACCACUCGUACCCGGCCAGCCCCAACCACCCAGCCCAGCUGCUGGCCCCCGCUGCCCACCUGGCCCCGGCGGAGCACAAGGAGGGGCUGGCGGCCCCCACGCCCCCCGAGCACGGGUUCAGGCCCGCGGGCAGCCGGCAGAACAGCCUGACCCGCCUGCAGCAGCCCCACGCGCCGCCGCCCCCCGAGGCCGUGCUCAACGGGCCCAGACCCCACCUAGUCAAGGAUUACGGGCCGCAGCCGGUGCCCAUGGCCGAGUACUUCGUGCCGCCGGCCCCGCCGCCGCCGCCGCCCGUCAUCCCUUCGGCGCAGACCGCCUUCGACAGCCCCAUCUCGGCUCCCCCCGCGCUGGGCCCCGGCUCGGCCGCAGCCCCCAACUACGCCCCGUCGCCGCCCCCCGCGCCCCCCGGGCCCUACUCGGCCUCCCCGCCUCAGAGCGGGCCCAUGGCCCCCCCGGUGGCGCCGCCGCCGCCGCCGCCCGGGCCCCCGGCCGUGUCCGCCUCGCCCGCGCACUCCGCAUCGCCGCCGGCCCCCGCCGAGCCCCGCAAGCCGCAGGUGCCGCUGAUGCCCAUGAGCGACGCCCGGAGCGACCUGCUGGCUGCCAUCCGCAGGGGAAUCCAACUCCGGAAGGUGCAGGAGCAGUGGGAACAAGAGGCCAAGAAAGAGCCCGUGGGCAAUGACGUGGCCACCAUCCUGUCGCGCCGCAUCGCCGUGGAGUACAGCGAGUCCGACGACGACUCGGAGCUGGAUGAGAACGAGUGGUCGGACUGAGGGCCCCGGCUGGGCGGGCUCGGGCUCCUGCUCCCCUCCAGGUGUGUAUGGGCACCUUCCCCAGGGGGCUCCUGCUCCCCUCCAGGUGUGUAUGGGCACCUUCCCCAGCGUCGCUGCCCCGGUCAGGAGCUUUGCUUUUACACUAUGUCCAAAACCCUUCGGGCAGCAGCAGCAGCAGCAGCAGCACUGGUAGGAAACACCUCGGAGGCAGUGAGAGCAGAAAUUAGCAGCACUUUCACAGUUAAUGACUUCCAAAAUUCUCUGAAGGCAGGUUAAUAGAUUUACACCUGGAGCAAGAGCAGAGACUGGCCCUGGGUGUGCUUUGUGAGAGGAGGGAGCCCCAGAGGCAGCAGUGCUUUUCCAGCUAAAUGUUAAUUGUGAUAACAAGAAGCUCCUGGAGAAGAAGCCUUGUUUGCACAGCUGGUGCCACCACGGGAGCUCAGGGGUGGCCUUGUGGGCUUGGGGACACUGCUGCUGGUGGUUUUGGGGUCAGGCAGCUCCAAAGGCUGGGUGUGAGCAGGAGCCUCCUUCCCUACAGAGCAAUGCACCACAUUUAGUAGCAGUUACACCCUUGUGUUGUUGCUCCCUGGAAAAUCGUGGAAUGCUUUGGGUAGGAAGGCACCUUUGGAGCCCAUCUAGUCCAACCAGAACUGGGACACCCUCCACCAGACCAGCUUGCACGAGCAGCCCAAGGUGUUGGUGACCUCAGCCUGUAUCCACCCUCAGAGCUGGUUUUCUAGGAGCAAAGAGGGAAGGCAAGGCUGGAGUGGCUGGCAGGGAGACCCAGCCUUGCCUGGGCCUGUCCUGCCUUUUCCAGCAAAGGAGCAGAGGUGUCCAGGGAGCUCCCCCAAACCCAGCUCUCCUUGGCCUUAGCAUGGCACCAUUUCAGUGUGAUUUGGGAAAAAGUGAAUCAGACAAUCUGCUGCUUUCAGGUAAACUCUCAACUUGCACUUUGCAGCCCCACAAACUGUGCCUGUACAUUUGGGAUCAGCUCAGAGCCAGGCACUGAUUCCCCCUGCCUGAUCCUGCUCCAUCCUCUCUCCCACAUUUGGACACUGAUGGAGGAGCUGGGUGACCAGCCCCUGUUUCAGCACUGAAAAUACCUGUUUUCCCAUCAAAACAGAGCCUGAUCCAUGGAAGAUUUUCACAGAGCUACAAAGGGAGGAGGCACAGAGGAGGGCAGAGCAAAGGGGUGGAAAAUACUGGAAAUAUCCCAGGAAGGAUUGAAAACCUGCAGAGAGCUGGGAGAGGUUCCCCACCUGUGGAAAACAGGCCAGGACCAGCUGUGGAUUGGCCAGUGUGGUGUCCCCAGACCCUCCUUGUGUUCAGCUCUAUCACAAGUCCCUGAACAGGGAAAGCUGAGCUCUGUGCCCAGUUCCUGCCUCUCCCAGCAGCCCUGCAGGUGAUGGCUGCUUCAGCAGGAUUUUGGCUAUGUAGAAGCAGCCAGACCUGCAAAAGAGGUGGGAGGAUAUGGCUGAGACCCAAAUGCUGAUGGUUGAAUUCACAAAAUCCUAGAAUGGUUUGGGAUAAAAGGGACCUUAAAGACAUCAUCUCAUUCCAACCCCCUGCCAAGGGCACCUUCCACUAGAGCAGGUUGCUGAUUUCCUGGGAAAUGCUGGUGUUGGGCAAUGUCCCAAACAUCUGCUCAUUUGCCCCCAGUGACAAACCCCUCAUGGCCAGGUGUGGUGAAAUGCCCCCAGGAGCUCUCCCUCCUCCUGAGUGGCACAAAAUGGUCUCUUGUCCCUUGGAUGUGACACCUCCACACCCAGGCUGGGAGCUGUGCUGCUGACUGGGCUUGAGCAGGGCUGCAGAAGGGAUUUGGGAUGUGGGAGAGGGCAAGGCAAGAAGCAGCAGGACACAGGGAAUAACUCAUCUGCACAACCCAAGGAGCAGGGGUGACCAGAGGGACAGGGAGACACCGUGCCCUGCAGGUGGCCAGGAAAUUCCUGGUGCACACUGAGAGCUCUUGGUUGUGGUGUUGACCCUCUGAGAUGCAGGGAAAUGGCUGCAGGAGGUUUUUACAGAGCCCCUGCAAUGCCCAGGAGCUGCUUUCCUUGGGAAGGCAGCUGGGGUUUGGCUGGAGCAGGUUUGAAGGAGACAGUGUAAAAAUUCAGGAGUGCAAAAAGUCAGGGCAACAUUUAAGGUGGAGUUUCUGGUGGGGCAUUGUUAACAUAGAUACAAUCACAACACAGUGUGUAAGCAAAGAGAAAAUUGGUUUAUUUAGGCAAUUUAGGGGCUGGUGGAGCUGCUCUUGUGUGUUCCAGAGGUGGAGGGGCUACAGAGCCACUGUGGGGACCCAGCAGAGCUGAGGAGCCCCCCUGGGCCUGGGAGGGGGCUCAGGGACACAGGGGACUCAUUCUGGGCUCUGUGGCUGUCCCAGACUACACAGCUGAGCCAGUCCUGGUCUGUGGGAUUUUCAGGGUCCCCAGGAUGAAGGAGGAAUUGAGAAUCUGACUCCAUGUUCUUACAAGACUAAUUUAUUAUUUUAUGUACUUAUAUUAUAUAAAAGAAUGCUAUACUAAACUAUAUUAAAGAAUAGAGAAAAGAUACAGACAGAAGGUUUAACAAGAUACUACUGAAAACCUCUGUGACCUCUUCCAGAAUCCCAACACAGCUGGACAGUGAUUGGUCAUGGAGUAAAACCAAUUCAAAUGUUGGAUAAACAAUCUCCAAAGCAGCAAAACACAGGAGAAGCAAUCAGAUAAUUAUUGUUUUCAUUCUUCUCUGAGGCUUCUCAGCUUCCCAGGAGAGAAACCCUGGUGAAGGGAUUUUUCAGAAAAUGUGACAGUGGCACUGGUGGGAGCUGGAGAGCAGCCCAGGGCCCCUGAGAGAUCCAGUCCCUCCUUUCCGUGUCCCAGCUGCUCUGUGUGUGUCACAUGGGGCUGUGGCAAUUGGGGCAGGACCCUGUGGGUGUGUGGCACUCAGGGCUGUCCCAUGGCCCUGUCACCCUGUGCUGGACUGGUGCUGUGACAUGGCAAAGGGCUUGACAAUCACAGGAAAUUUGGGAGGGACCCUAAAGGGCAUUUAGGUCACUCAGGCUGCACCUGCAGAGCAGAUGCACAGCUGGCAGCCCCAGGGGGGCAGGGAAGGCUCACCCCCAUUUCUUCACAUCUUUAUGUUCUUACACUACGUCCCCACUGGUGUCAAACACCCAUCCCAGGGGGGCAGGCAAGGCUCACCCCCAUUUCCUCACAUCUUUCUGUCUUACACCACGUCCCCACUGGUGUAAAACACCCAUCCCAGGGGGGACAGGAAAGGCUCAGCCCCAUUUCCUCACAUCUUUAUAUUCCUUACACCACGUCCCCAUUGGUGUAAAACACCCAUCCCAGGGGGGACAGGAAAGGCUCAGCCCCAUUUCCUCACAUCUUUAUAUCCUUACACCACGUCCCCACUGGUGUCAAACACCCAUCCCAGCAGCCCCAGGGGGGGCAGGAAAGGCUCAGCCCCAUUCCCUCACAUCUUUAUGUCCUUACACCACAUCCCCACUGGUGUCAAACACCCAUCCCAGCAGCCCCAGCCCACCCUGCUCUGCUGCAGGAAAUCCCCUGAGAGCACAAACCCAGCUCACAUUCUCAGCUCCAUGGCCUCCCAGCUGGCUGGGAACAUCCCCACCCUCCUCUCCAGGGAGCAGAACUGCCAUGGACACCCUCCAGCUGUCCUGGUAGCAGGGUGGGAUCCCCCAUCCUCACCCCACAGAGGGGGAGCUGGUGGAGAAGUGACCUCAGGGGGGUUUGGACACCAUUUCUGGCCUGGCCAUGGCUCACCCAGCUCUUCCAACCCUCCCAGCAGCACCAGGGAUCAUUCAGCUGGGAAAGGACCUCCAGGACUUCAAGGCUGUGGCAUUAAUGACACAGUGCCGCCAGAGCCAGCCCAUCCCCUGAGGGACUCAGCUCCACCACCUUCAUUUAGGGCAGAAUCACCUGCUUUUUGCUCAGGUGACCUCUGCAGUCCAACAGAAGUGACACCAAUUGCUUGGCUGCUCUGGGCUGUGCUGCUGGGACUGUGCCAUGCUAAUUAACACUGUCUGUCUGUCCCACAUGCUGCACACUCAGUGGUUUGUACAUAUGUGCCUAUUUCUGUGCACGCUCCCCAAAGUAGGCCAUGCUGAGUUACACAACCUGAAAUGCUCAAAUCCUCAUGUGGGCUGAUAUAAAAGUGAAUAUUUAAGUAUUUUAUCUAGCUUGGCAGACGUUAAAAAAUACAAUCCAGGUCACAGAUGAUUGAAUUUCUCCUGUCUCAAGAGUGCCAGAAUUGGGCUGAGGAGGUUCUCCUGUACAUUAAGGUAUCGUGUUCCCUGCUGAAAUAUAGCAGUGGCAUUUCAUUGCCAAAGGAGAAUCACAGAGUGCCAAACAUUUAAUGAGUCCAACUGAUUUCCUGAGAGCUCCUCUUUCCAUUUGAUCUGCUUCCCCUUACUUGCCAAUUUAUGGGCAUAGAUUAAAAAUAAUAAAUAUGGCUGUCAACAGCAGGGGGAAAUAAAAUAAAAUAAAUAAAAUAAUAAAUAUGGCUGUCAACAGCAGGGGGAAAUAUCCUAUGUCCAUACAAAUGGGCUGGGCUGGAGUCAGUGGAACAGUAAAUGAGUAAAUUUGGGUUCUGCUUGGAGAUGUCAAUGGAAGGCUGUCAUCCUUGAGGUCCAUCAGGAGCCUCUUGGACAUCCCAGGUGCAUCUGGAAAGGAACUUUACAGGGAGCACUGUGCCCGUGGCACAGCUGUGAAGCUACAGCAGGUGUGAAGGCUGCUCCUGCUCAGGGUUGGUGGAAGUCCUGCAGUGUUCACCCCUGCAAUUGUCUCCUGAUUUGGAGUGACCAUGGAGCUGGCUGGUGGUGCUGGUGGCUCUCAAAGGAUCAGUGUCCUGCAGGAAGAAAGGACUGGGCAGUUUCCAGUUUCUAAUUUCCCACCCAGGGAAGAGACCCAGAGAGGAGCAAUCACCCAUCCCACAAGGGCUCCUGCCUUUGCAGCUGUUUCACCUUUGGGGAGGUCUCACUCCAGUGACAAACUUAGGGCUGAACUUGGCUUCUUCAGAGAGCUCUUUGCACAGAAGAGCCCUCAAAUUUCCUCCCAGCCACUUUUCCACCUCUCUCUCCCUUCCCAGACACCCAACAGCCUGCACAGAAGCUUUGCAGACUCCCCUGAGCCUGAAUUAACACCUCAGCUUUAACAAAUGGGAGUUUUGCUGGAGGGAGGCAGGUGGCAGCACUGGAGGUGGCAUUUUGGAGGGACAUUGCAGAGGUCCCCAGCUGGCAGGAGCUCUGUGCCACUUCCUUGUGGAUGGAGCAGGGAUGGCCAUGGGAAGCACAGGCUGUUCCUUUCACCAAUAUUCCUGUUUUUCCUGUAGCAGUAGUUCUUUAGGGGGUAAGGUUUUUCUCAGCUGGAAUGUCACUUUACAGAUUUAAAAAAUUAAAAAAAAAUAAAAUAAAAAUAAGGGCAAGGAGUCUGUCCUGAGGAGUUUACAGUCUACAGCAAAGACCAUGUAACCUGCACUGCACUUUAGAAGCCUCAAAUGCUCACUCACCCAUGAAUUUCCCCUCCAGCAGCCCCUCGAGGGCAGUUGUCCCUUCCUUGGUGGCCCCUGAGCAGCACCAGCCACUCCCUGCUGGUGACAGAGCCCCGGGGCUCUCCUGCCCCACUCCCCACUCAGAAGUGCCUGAGCAAAGCCCAGGAGAGCCAAGCCAUGCUGGGUUUGUCCCUGUCCCCACACAGCUGUGCUCCCUGGAUGGCCUCGGUGGGCUGGGAAUGGCCUGGAAGCCCUCAGGGCUGUCACCAACCAUGGCCCAGCCUCUGGAACCUCCUCCUCCAGACACAGCCCAAAGCCAGACUGUGAAUGGUUCCAUCUUUUUGAGAAUCAAAGGGGUUUUGUGUGUGAAUCUCAUUUUUUUGGACAAGCCCCAGGGAUUUUAGGCUCACUCUCUCAAGCUCCACCUUCUCCAGGUGAAAAAUGUGCCUGUAUUUUCCUGGUGGAGGGAAUUAAUAAAAACCAAACCAAACCCCAGAGUUAAGAACUUCAGGGAGGAGGUGUUUGCCCCAAAACCUUCAGAGCUGUGCCCACAGGCAGGGUGGGACAGCAGGAUGUCCUCAGGGCAGGACACCACCCUGGUGCUGUCACCACCCUGGGGGUGUCACCAGAGCCUGCAGCAAGGGCUGGGCUCCUGCUGAGGGGAGCCCCAGGCAGGAGCUGCAUGGAGAAUGUCCCUGAGGCAGAAUUGAUGUGACAGGAGCCAAAGUGGUGUCAGAAUCACUGACAGGAGCCUGAGGCCACCACAGCAGCACUGAUGCUUCACCUCCCUGGGCAUCCCCAGCAGGGAUUGUCCCUGGGUGCCUCCAGCCUCUUCUUCCUCCCAGGAACAGGAUUAAAGCUCUUGCUGGCUGUUGGGAGCCCCAGUGGGUGUGAAAGGAGCUUUUCCCUGCACACUGGCACUGCAGGGGGGUUCAGCUCAGGUAAUUCCAGCUCUUGGUUGUGUGUAAGGUUAAGAGAAAGAGGAGAAAAUAAGGCAGAAAGGAACCAGCCCAGCAUUUUAGGUUGGUUAUUUUAGGUUGGUUAUGUUCACAUCAUUUUAGGUUGGUUAUUUUAGGUUGGUCAUGCUCACAUCAGCCUGCACAGGGGAAACCUCAGCCAGGCCAAAGCCACAGAGGGCAGUGAGGGGGUAAAUCUGUUUUGCAGGUCAAUGUGGGACUGAGCUGUGGCACAAAGGAGCUGAGCCAGGCCUCAGGGAAAACCUUCUGGAGGUGAGGAUGGAGAAGCUCAGGUCCCAGAGGCUCUGCCCUGGCUUUGGGAAGCCAGAGAGAAGCUCUGACCUUGUGUGCAGCCAGGGAGGGGUGGAGGUGCCCACAGGGCCUUUCUGGCACCUUUGUGAUUCUCCCUCAUCCCUGGGUGGGUACAGCCCCAGAGCAUCCCCCAGGGCAGGGCAGCUCCUUUUGGUUUUGGUGUUGAGCCUCAAAUUGAAUAAAGGUAAAAUGUGCUGCAGAAUAAACACCUGGGAGGAAAGGAUGUGAGCUCCCAGCUGUUUCUGCUGGAUUUCAAGGUUAAAAGGCAGCAGCUCCUCUGGACCAUCCAUGAUCCACAGACUGUAGUGAAUAAACCAUUAAGGUGGACAAUUUAACAUUUACCCUUUGAUUUGGGGUAGUUCAGUUAAGAAAUCUAGAAAUAAAAUGUAAAAAAAUAAAUAAAUCUAAAAAUAAGCAAAUAAACAACAAAACCUAACCCACCCACAAAACAAAAAAAGCAAACAAACAACUCACAUGUGAUUUCCAGAAGGAUAAACUGUUCCCUUUCCUUCCCUCAGACCUAGAGGGAAGGUCAGACACAGCAGCACUUCCCAGUCACUCAGCAGCAGAGUGAAGCAGGUGCCACCAGAACCACUUCCAGAAAUCCCAGGAAAGUGGUGUUUAAGGAAAAGCAAUAACCACAUCACCCCAGUGCAGCAAGGAGAGCCUUUCCUGCCACUGCAGGAGGUGCUUUUGUCCCUCCCCAGCUCAAGUGUUUCAAAUCCCAUUGAUUUUCACCUCUCACUGGUGCUGUGCAAUCCUGGUGCCUCAGCUGGGAUUGCUGACUCCAUGGAAAAACCAAAAAUCUUGUGUUAAAAAGGGAGAGGACCUGGAGGCAGGGACACUCCUGUGAGGCCAUGGAGAGCAGCUGAUGAUUUCCUCCUGGAAAUCCUGCCAGGGCCCCAAAAAUCAGUCAUGAGCAUCAACACCCCCCUCUCUGCUCCCCCUCCAAAUUUAAUUUUACUCUGAGAUGUUUCAGCUCUGUCUGUAGCUCUGGCCAGUUUUCCACAGACGGGGCUGCUCUUUCUGGUGUUUGUUGUCUUGGAUGGCAGAUCAGGUAAAGAAAGCAAAUCACAGAAUCCCAGAACUGUUUGGAUUUCCAGUUUGGUUGUCCCAUGGGCAGGGACACCUUCCAUGAGACCAAGUCCCACCCAACCUGCUCAAAUCCCCACAAAUUUCAAUAACCUUUUCCUUCAAAAUGCAUUUUCAGGGCCUAUUGGGGCUGAUGGCUCCUCACCUUAACAGACUUCCUGAAUUUUGGGGCUGCCUGACUUGUUGGGGUGACCUGAGGCAGGGCGUGAGUUUGGGGUGAUGCUGAGCUGGGCUGGGACCCAGAGCUGCUGCUGGGGACACCACGGGGCCAGGGCAGCUCCUCAGGACACAAGUGCCUUUCCUGGGCUCCCUCUGGAGCCUCCUGGGCUGGGAAUGGGCAGAGCUCAGCUGGGCUGGGACCCUGGAGCUGCCCAGGGAUCCUCUGGGAUCCUCCUCCCACAGCAGUGUCCUGGGGAGCAUUUACCUCCAGCCUUGGAGACCUCUGAGCAGCCUGGAGCCAUGGGGACAGUCCCCAGGGGAAGGCGUGGGGACAGUGCCCAGGGCUGUGGGGAGGGGACAAACCCUGUCCCCACCGUGCUGUGGGGAGGGGACAAACCCUGUCACCACCGUGCUGUGGGACAUGCACGUGCUGUGGGUCGCUGCUGUCAUGGGGCAAGCAUUCAGGAGAGCCUUCCUCCUCCUCCUCCUCCUCCUCCUCCUGCUGUCCAGCCUGGGGCUGCUGGGCCAAUGGCAGCUGCUGCAGCAGGACAGCAUCCAUCUUCUUCCACCUUCCAUCCUCUCUGGGGCCAGCAGGAGCCCUGACACCCCUGGGGGAGGCCAGGUGCUGCAGGGGAGUUGUUUUGGAGGGAAUUGAAGGCAGAUCAAAGCAUCUCAGACCCCCAGACCCCUCUGCACCACCCAAACUCUGAGAUCUCCUGGAGCCCUGGGCACCCAUCCUCCCAGAGCAGAGCAUCCAGAGCUCCAGAUGGGCAUUUCUAAAGCAGUUUUCUCUCCUUUUGGCACCAGCUGGUCACACACAGAGCCCAGAGCCAGGGCUGCUCUCUGUGGAGGUUGUCCCCAGCUCUGCAGGGGUGGCACAGAGGGGACAGGGACACCUCAGCAUCCCAACACUCCUGCAAAAGGAUCAUUUUUAAUCACAGCAGAAAAAUUACUCUAUCUCCUUAGAUCUGCCACCUGAUAGGAGGAGCUGAUGCAGGACAGGCACCUUCCCAAGGGAGGGUGACCCAUUCCAGGCCAGGAGAGGCUCCCGUUGUUCAGAGCUGAGUUGAGGGAGGAGAUGUUCUCUGUCUCUGGGGUCUGUAACCGUGUGCCCUUAGUCAGUAGGUGAGUAGAUGUUGCUGCCCGUGUCUAUCUCCCCUGCCCAGUUGCUACAUGUGAACAAGUGUAUUUCUCCCCAGUGUUGUGGGUUCUGCCUGUGGUGACACAAGGAUGGGAAGGGAGGGGUGACCUCGAGCUUCCUCCUGGACAGGGUAGAGAGGAAACCUGGACGGGUCCGAGGCACCGCUUGUAACUACAUUUGUUCAAGAAAUGUCAUCUUAACCCCAAACUGUUGACACUUUAUGCAUGUGCUAAUUAAAUUUAAAAGAAAAAAUGACAAAAAAGAAAAAAAAUUAAUAAAGAUUUUAAGAGGUUACAGUA